CUCUCCUCCGCUGGCAUCGGCACGAGUCGUGUAGAAUCAGGCCGGACGAUGCAGGACUGUCUGCUCAGGACACGCAUGAUCCCAGUGAGGGAUGAGGAGGCAGAGUCUCAGAGGAAGGCCAAAUCACGGCAGGCCAGACAGACUCGACGAGCUACACAGGGAGUUACCCUCUCAGAGUUGUUGGAGGCAAAGAGAAACUUCAGCCCGUCAAAGCUGGAGAUGCACGCAGGCGAGGCGUGUAGAUCUGCAGAGGGACUGUGUCUCCAGAGAAGAGUCCCCGAGGACACGACAGAAACCGGCCCGUGUCUGAGGGUGGAACAGCUGUCUGACAAACACCAAUGUGAACACCUGGAUGAGCAAGGAAACUGGAAAAGAAGACCAAGAAGAAAACCUGAAAGGUCAUCUUUUUGCCUCUCGUCAUCAGUUAAAGGAGCGUGUGGUUUCACCCCCAGUCUGAAGAGUCACAGCACCUCCAUUGAGUCUGAGUGGAAAGAUGAAAAUGACAACAUCCUUUACGGUACCUCGGAAGCGUCUCUGACACAGCAGCUGACAGAAGACCGUGAUCUCAGCGCUGAGCUGACCGGCCCGCUCACUGAGCAAGAACGGGUGUCAAGGUCAGACUCUAGUGGUGUGGAGUCUCCGUCAGACAGACUGUCAGCCCGGACCAGCACAUACACACGCAAAGAGAACAGACUCGCCUCUCUGAGCAAAACAGAGGACGACUCGGCCAGCAAGGACUAUAAGAAGCUGUAUGAGGACGCACUGACUGAGAAUGAGAAGCUGAAGUCUCGACUGCAGGACAGCAAACAGGAGCUCACCAAACUCCGCUCACAGCUUGACAGAGUCACACAGAAGCAGGACAGAAUAUCAGAGAGGUCCUCUGUAUUUGAAUCAGAGAAAAGGGAAAAAGAAGCUUUGGAGAAGAGGGUUUCAGACAUGGAAGAAGAAUUAAAGACCUUUCCCGCUCUGGCUCGGCUACAGGCUCUCCGCAGGGGGAACGCGCGCCUCCUACAGGAGAAUAAAGCCAUGCUGCGCUCCCUCGCUCGCCUCACUCAGACGGCCUCUCUCCCUGAGACGGACGAUCUCUAGUCCUCCUCUCUAUCUCUCUCUGUCCCUUCCUCCUUCCUGUUCUCCGCUGCACCCUGUAGUCCUCCUCCUCUGUCCCGCUGCUGCUCAACUCUCA